CUUUGAAUUUGUUUGUUAAAAAAAACAGAAACAGGGCUCCCAGUUGUGACUCAUCCCCAUGAGUUGCCAGCAUGCAGCUCGUUCUGGUCGACUUGUUCGGUUUCGUGUGAAGACACCAGGAGCCUCAAUAGCAGGUUUUACACCCCGUUCCAAGUGGCAUCGGGUUGGAGAUCAAGCGGUCCGGGCCUCGUAAAGAACCAUAUGUUAAGUUAGGGACACCAAAAGAAGGAUGCUAAGGGGCCUCAAAAAGAUCCAUGCCUCAACUGUCCGUGGCAAUAAGAUCACUUCUGCCAGGAAACAUUCUGCGCUGUCCGUGGCUGAACUUGUUCAGCUUUGUGUUCCGGAGUUUUCAGCAUCAAGACCAGUCAGCAAUACCUGUUGCUGGAAUUUUGAAGACCAUGGGUUGUGGAGCAAGCGCCAAGGUGGCCAAUGACGAAUUCCAUGACAUUAUGAGCAACUUUGUUUCGGAGGACGGAAAGACGCAGUGGGAGGAUUUGAAGAAGUAUUCGUCUUUCCGUCAGCGCGAGGUGGACGUGCCCGUCGGGGUUCCCAUAGCACCCACCUAUCACGACCACCAGUUGCACAUACAGAAUCUGACGAGGACCUUGAACGCCAUUCGCAGGCGGCCCCAGAAGCUGUUGAAGGCCGUGGAACAGAAGCGCUUGAAAUCCUUCGGCGAGGCGCCGCGCCCACCAUGUGGCCCACGAGUACGAUUGGAGGAGGUUGAGCUGCAGGAAGUGGUUCGAGCUGGAAUCCGAGGCAUUCACCGCUCGAGGAAGAAGCCGGAGAUGGUCUCGUCUCGUGCCGCUGAGGAUGAGGCACUAGGUCUCGUCUAAUACCGAGCCGUUUUUCAUGCAAGCCUGGCUUCUGCAGGCUUCUGCAGUAUAGCUUUACUACAGCAGACAUAUAGAUGCAUUUCAACAUCAACAACACACAGAAAAAUUCAGCGGCUGGAGCUCCAAAACUGCUCUUUGACGGAUCCUUUCAAGGCAUUCACUCACCUUCCGACUGAUGGUUUGCGGCGAAACACGCCCGCGCCGUAGCCUGGUCCUUCCAAGCUUCCGGCAUCAAGCAAGCUCGGCUUGCCCCUCGCGUCGUCUGGUAAGCCGAUGGUGUUGGCUUGAAAGAGAACCUUUUGGCCCCCGGAAAACGGU